AUGGAGAACUCAGCAUCAGGCGUGGAACUCCUUAAUUACUCUACAGAAGUCCUGGGGAUUCCGUUGACCUCCCAGGAGCCAAACAAAGCUCCACAGAACAAUCUGACACGGCCACCAAACGGCACGUUUCAGAACGAUCUCCAGACAUCUCCUGUCUGUACACACGCACACACAUACACCAUGGAACAUCGUCUUAUGCUGAAGGUUAAAAGUCCGGACCUCGUAGACGCUGUCCAAAUGAGAGCGGAAGAAACGCUCCGCAAGCAUUCAUCCUCGCAUCGAGAGCCGCAAACACAGGACCAGCUAUCAACGCGCUGGCAGAGCUCCCAGGGUUGGCGCAUGUACAAAGAGGCUGGCGAGCCUGCGAAUUGUCAGCUGACAGGCCAUAUGAAUACAUCAUCACGUCCUCUGCCUACAGAAUGCAAAGAAGAUGCCGUCUGCCGGAUUCUGCUCAGCCUCCCCCGUGGCCUGGCCCUGGGUCCUUCCCUCUCACAGAAAGAGGGCUUGGGAUUGUGGUGGGUGGGGAAGGUACUAGAGAAAGGAUCUCUUCUUCCCCCUCCCGUCCCUGAUAGCGAAAAUGGCCCAUCAGAUGAAAACGAGGAAAUAUCAUCAUUAUCAGACAGUGGCACUAAUUGGUUGAGGUUUGCGAGGAAGAGUUCAAAGCAGGAGAAUGUGAAGCUGUGUCGGUACGGAGGGGGAACUCUCCUCCGUGUUAUCACCACCAUUGAGACUGGUUCUGAGCUCCUGUAUCACCAGGAGGAACACCAGCUCUGCACCAAACCUAACAAAGAUCCAGUGAGUGAUGGGAAAGAUGUAGAUGUGCAAGAGGGGAAGUGCGUGUCCCAAGAGUCUUUGCAAUUCAGUGGAAUGGAAGUACUGGGGAAGACAGAUGGAGAUGAACCAGCAUCGGACACCAAAGAAAUUUCUGAGGAAACCAGGCUCCAAAUUAUGUCGCCACAACCUGAGAUCUCUGCUGUGACUCUGCACCCAAAAGUAUCGCCUUCACCAGGGACACCAGAAAUGGAGAACACCGUGUCUGCAACAACUGCAGAACCAGAAAGAGACCCGUUACCGGUUACUCUAGAACCAGAAGGGGCAAAACUGUCAUUAAGUGUGGCUACACUAGAAAAUAACUUAUUGGACAAAGCAGCUGACAUUCCCGUUACUGAACAGAGCACUCCAACACAAUCUCAUCUAAUAGCAGAAAACCCAGCUGUUGACUGCUCCAGCACUGUGACAGAAGAGGGUAUCAUAAAAAGCUGCCUUCAAACGCCCCCAACGAUAUCCUCCCAAAAGAUGCAGCAAAAAGCUGAAGAUUCUGAACUGUGUUCUGGAACAAACGACACAGCCCAUCGUAAGGACCACAUAAACAAGGCUGAGAAAGUAGACUUAGACUGUCCAAAAGAGGGCAGCAAAAAACGAAAACCAAGUCUUGACACAUCCGUUACCGAAGAAGAGAAGGCGUCAGCUGAACGUGAAGAAAGAACAGCAAAGGGGAAGAAGCGUAAGAGCCAGGCCAAGGUUCCUAGGAAAGAGUUGGAGUCAAAGAAAGAAAAUUCUGCAAACUUAAGGGAGGCGGCAGAUCUGAAAAAGAGAAAAUCCAGAACUCAGGCUGAACGCAGAUUCUCUUGUCAAGACUGUGGCAAAAGUUUCUUCCAGCUGAGUCACCUAAAGAGGCACGGUUUCACGCACAGCGGAAGCAAGCCCUACAGGUGCACGGAGUGCGAUAAAAGCUACAGCUCAGAGGAGAGCUUUAAGGCUCAUUUGCUGGCACACCGAGGGUUGCGCCCCUUCCAGUGUCCCCUCUGCGACAAAGCAUACGGCACGCAGCGGGAUCUUAAGGAACACUCCGUCCUGCACACCGGCCUGCGUCCCUUUCGUUGCGAUGACUGUGGCAAGAGUUUCGCUCGCCGACCCACGCUUCGGUUUCACCGCAAAAACUACUGCAGUCCCGCGGGCCGUGACUUCAAACCGCGGCUCCACUGCAGCUUGUGCGAUAAAGAGCUAGCCAACAGCUGCUCGUUGCGCAAUCACAUGCGCUUGCACACCGGGGAGAAGCCGUACACGUGCACAGACUGUGGCAGUUCUUUCCGACACAAGGGCAAUCUGCGGAAUCACCAAAGGCUUCACACUGGUGAGAAGCCUUAUAAAUGCCAGUAUUGUGGGGACUCCUUCCCUCAGCAACCGGAGCUGAAACGCCACCUGAUCAUGCACACCGGGGAAAUGCACUUAUGCACUAUUUGUGGCAAGGCGCUUAAAGACCCUCACACGUUGCGUGCUCAUGAGCGUCUGCACACCGGCGAACGCCCUUUCUUGUGCCAGUACUGUGGAAAAUCCUACCCUCUUGCCACCAAGCUCCGGCGCCACUUGAAAUCACACUUGGAAGAGAAACCUUUCCGCUGCCAUUUGUGUGGCAUGGGCUACACCUUACAGCGCAGUCUGAAGCGACAUCUACGCAGCCACAAAGACACAGAUCAAAGUUCUAUGACUGAGGAUUCUCCUGGCACACCGGCGGCCGACUCCGAGUCGGAACAUACUCUAGUCUUAGUACAGUUAGUGAAUUCGGAGGAGGGCACCCAAGGACAAGGAGAUGUAUUAAUUGCUAACUUUUCCGAGAACUCUGAACUUGGCCCGUCACAGGACCCUCCGACUCUUCUUCUACCCGUGGACUCCGAGAUGCUCGAGAUAUCUUCCGGGGCAGAUCAGGAGAAAGGUAUCCUCUUACACAAAGAGCAUAGUUCAAGCAUGAUACUGGUCCAAGAGGCCCUCGGAUUUAGUGCAGUGGGUGAAGUGGUGGAGGUGGAAUCGGGGACAUGA